ACCUAUAAAUAGUAGCAUGUAGAAUAUCAAUAAACUAUACUCUACUCAUUAACUUAAGGUGCAGUCUAGCUAGAUUUUAAAAUUCUUCUCUGUAAUGGCAUUACACAAGCUUCUUGUCUUCGGGUUGUUGCUUUUAGUGUGCCUCUCUAAGGUUUCAUCUGAUCAUGAGAUAGAAAAGGAAGAAGAUGAAGAAAUGCAUUUAACUGAUAAGCCGCUUAUUGUGCGAGACGGAAACAGAAGGCUAAUGCAAGACAUAGACUGUGGAGGGCUGUGCAGGUCAAGGUGCAGUGUGCAUUCAAGGCCAAAUUUGUGCAAGAGGGCAUGUGGGACUUGCUGUGUGAGGUGCAAGUGCGUCCCACCAGGUACUGCUGGUAAUAGGGAGUUUUGUGGAGCUUGUUACACUGAUAUGACCACUCAUGGCAACAAGACCAAGUGCCCUUAGAGAUCUUAUCAAAGCCCAUGGGCCUAAUUAGUUUGGGCUCUCUUCAUUUCCCAUUUAGUAUCUACUAGUGUAGUUUAGUAAAUGGGUGUGUUAGUUUGAAUGAAAAAAAUAAAUAAAAGGAAAGUAUUUCUGUUGUUGUAUUAGUAGUAUGUUAAACCUUUAUAGUAAAUGGGUGUGUUUUCUGUUUUUGUAUGUUGUGGUAGCUAACUAUGAAUUAUAUGUAUAAAACUGUGUGUUUAAGAUCGUUUAAUAUAUAAAGAACAGUGCAUUAUAUUCCCUUUACA